AUGGACGUGGACGUGGACGUGGACGUGGACGUAGAAAUGGACGUGGACGUGGACGUGGACGUGGACGUGGACGUGGACGUAGAAAUGGACGUGGACGUGGACGUGGACGUGGACGUGGACAUGGACGUGGACGUGGACGUGGAUAUGGACGUGGACGUGGACAUGGACGUGGAUGUAGAAAUGGACGUGGACGUGGACGUGGACGUGGACGUGGACUUGGACGUGGACGUGGACAUGGACGUGGACGUGGACGUGGACAUGGACGUGGACAUGGACGUGGACAUGGACGUGGACGUGGACCUGGACGUGGACGUGGACAUGGACGUGGACGUGGACGUGGACGUGGAAAUGGACGUGGACGUGGACGUAGAAAUGGACGUAGACGUGGACGUGGACGUGGACAUGGACGUGGACGUGGACAUGGACGUGGAGGUAGACGUGGACGUGGACGUGGACGUGGACGUGGACAUGGACGUGGACGUGGACGUGGACAUGGACGUGGACAUAGACGUGGACAUGGACGUGGACGUGGACAUGGACGUGGACGUGGACAUGGACGUGGACGUGGACGUGGACGUGGACAUGGACGUGGACGUGGACGUGGACGUGGACGUGGACGUGGACAUGGACAUGGACAUGGACGUGGACGUCGACGUGGACGUGGACGUAGAAAGGGACGUGGACGUAGACGUGGACGUGGACAUGGACGUGGACGUGGACGUGGACGUGGACGUAGAAAUGAACGUGGACGUGGACGUGGACGUGCACAUGGAAAUGGACGUGGACAUGGACGUGGACGUGGACGUGAACGUGGACGUUGACGUGGACGUGGACAUGGACGUGGACGUGGGCGUGGACAUGGACGUGGACGUGGACGUGGACGUGGACAUGGACGUGGACAUGGACGUGGACAUGGACAUGGACGUGGACGUGGACGUGGACGUGGACGUGGACGUAGAAAUGAACGUGGACGUGGACGUGGACGUGCACAUGGAAAUGGACGUGGACAUGGACGUGGACGUGGACGUGAACGUGGACGUGGACGUGGACGUGGACAUGGACGUGGACGUGGACGUGGGCGUGGACAUGGACGUGGACGUGGACAUGGACGUGGUCGUGGUCGUGGACAUGGACGUGGACGUGGUCGUGGACGUGGACGUGGACGUGGACGUGGACGUGGACGUAGAAAUGGACGUGGACGUAGACGUGGACAUGGACAUGGACGUGGACGUGGACGUGGACGUGGACGUGGACGUAGAAAUGAACGUGGACGUGGACGUGGACGUGCACAUGGAAAUGGACGUGGACAUGGACGUGGACGUGGACGUGAACGUGGACGACGUGGACGUGGACGUGGACCUGGACAUAGACCUGGACGUGGACCUGGAGGUGGACGUGGACCUGGACGUGGACCUGGACGUGGACCUGGACGUGGACGUGGACGAGGACGUGGACAUGGACGUGGACGUGGACGUAGAAAUGGACGUGGACGUAGAAAUGGACGUGGACCUGGACGUGCACGUGGACGUGGACGUGGACGUGGAUGUGGACGUGAACGUGGACGUGGUCGUGGUCGUGGACGUGGUCGUGAUCGUGGACGUGGACGUGGACGUGGUCAUGGACGUGGACGUGGACAUGGACGUGGUCGUGGUCGUGGACAUGGACGUGGACGUGGUCGUGGACGUGGACGUGGACGACGUGGACGUGGAGGACGUGGACGAGGACGUGGAGGACGUGGACGAGGACGUGGAGGACGUGGAGGACGUGGACGUGGACGUGGACGUGGACCUGGACGUGGACCUGGACGUGGACCUGGACGUGGACGUGGACGAGGACAUGGACUUGGACGUGGACAUGGACGUGGACGUGGACGUGAACGUGGACGUGGACAUGGACGUGGACGUGGACGUGGACGUGGACAUGGACGUGGACGUGGACAUGGACGUGGACGUGGACGUGGACAUGGACGUGGACGUGGACGUGGACGUGGACAUGGACGUGGACGUGGACGUGGACAUGGACGUGGACGUAGACGUGGACGUGGACGUGGACGUGGACCUGGACCUGGACAUGGACGUGGACAUGGACGUGGACGUGGACGUGGACGUGGACCUGGAAAUGGACGUGGACGUGGACGUGGACGUGGAGGUGGACGUGGACAUGGACAAGGACGUAGAAAUGGACGUGGAGGUGGACGUGGACAUGGACGUAGACGUGGACGUGGACAUGGACGUGGACGUAGAAAUGGACGUGGACGUGGACGUGGACGUGGACGUAGAUGUGGACGUGGACGUGGACGUGGACGUGGACGUGGACCUGGACGUGGACGUGGACCUGGACGUGGACGUGGACAUGGACGUGGUCGUGGUCGUGGACAUGGACGUGGACGUGGUCGUGGACGUGGACGUGGACGUGGACGUGGACGUGGAAGUGGACGUGGUGGAGGACGUGGACGUGAACGUGGACCUGGACGUAGACCUGGACGUGGACCUGGAGGUGGACGUGGACCUGGACGUGGACCUGGACGUGGACCUGGACGUGGACGUGGACGAGGACGUGGACAUGGACGUGGACGUGGACGUAGAAAUGGACGUGGACGUAGAAAUGGACGUGGACCUGGACGUGCACGUGGACGUGGACGUGGACGUGGAUGUGGACGUGAACGUGGACGUGGUCGUGGUCGUGGACGUGGUCGUGAUCGUGGACGUGGACGUGGACGUGGUCAUGGACGUGGACGUGGACAUGGACGUGGUCGUGGUCGUGGACAUGGACGUGGACGUGGUCGUGGACGUGGACGUGGACGACGUGGACGUGGAGGACGUGGACGAGGACGUGGAGGACGUGGACGAGGACGUGGAGGGACACGUGGACGUGGACGAGGACAUGGACUUGGACGUGGACAUGGACGUGGACGUGGACGUGAACGUGGACGUGGACAUGGACGUGGACGUGGACGUGGACGUGGACAUGGACGUGGACGUGGACAUGGACGUGGACGUGGACGUGGACAUGGACGUGGACGUGGACGUGGACAUGGACGUGGACGUGGACGUGGACAUGGACGUGGACGUGUGA